GUAACGCGUAUUUUUAGGGAGGAAGCCGCUGGUCUUGGUCUUGGCGUUCCAGUCAAAACAAAAUGGACGCCGGACUCAGAGAAAGAGAGCAUUCGUUGACUUUGAAAGGUAUGUUUCUAUCUGUAUUUGUUCGUAUACCUUGUACAGAUUGAUGCCGUUUGGUCAUCCACAUCUCCCAGUGAUGUUCGAUGGACUCUUUCUUGCCUGCAAAAGGUGUUCAAGAUUCAUAGCUUCUUUUUUGUUGUUUUCUGGUGGGAUCUCCUCCAGGGAUCUCUCGAAAUUCAGCGGAAAAUUAGUAAUCGCAUCAUUUUAGCAUACUAAAACUAUUUCCAUUCUCUUCAGCUUUCACUGGACGACCAAAUCUUUAGAAAGUUGCUUAUGACCCCCCGCCCCACUCCCCCUCCCCCUCCACUCGCGGGUAAACGGAAGUGGUUGCUCAAUAAGAAUUGUGAUUCUCUCAGCAGUGAUUUACUGAAAAUUUUGUGUACCUGCACUUCAGUAAUUUGCUGCCAAAUAGUGGGUGGGGCUUAUUUUAUAGGUACUGUUGAAUAGAGUAUUACUUGUAAUAAAGUAUUUUUAAAUUAUACUUUGUAGUCAUGAGACUGACUAGACCAUCACUGUACACCAGUGUGCCUGUAACAAAUGAAUCUCAAGAUCUGCCAGGUAAAUCACAUUUUUUGUAAAAAAUUUUAUUAGAAGGUUGUGUGGAAAGUUUUCCUUUGUAUUCUGCUUAUGAUGUAUUCCAUCAAUAGUAGUGCGGCAGGGGUAUUUUGCUGAAAGCCAAAUGAAGAAUGCCGAAUGACUCUGACUUUAGUGGUUGGGGUUAGAAAACUAGGUGAAUCAGGUUCCAUUAUUUUAUGGUCAUUAAACUAGGAAAACAGUCCUGAAACUUUAUUCACUCAGUUUCCUCACCCUAGUCACCAAACUUCUGCAUUUGUCAAAUGCGUGUUCUGCAUUUGUCAAAUGCUGAAUGAGAUGCAGAAUGCCAAAUGACUCUGCAGUUUAGUAAAUAGUGUCAGGAGAUUGAUUGAAUCAGGGUCAUUAUUCUGGGAGUGAAAAGUAACCUAAAACUUGAUUCACUCAGUUUCCUAACCCUAAUCACCAAACUUCAGAGUCAUUUGGCAUUCUGCCUAUGGGGUUCGGUGUUCUGCAAAAUACCCCUGCCGGUACAGGUGUCAUUUUCACCCUCUGAACAACCAUGCAGCAUCCUGCUUUAUUUUGACAAGCAUCUUUUUCAUCAUUAACUGUAAAUUUUAUUGCCUGCAGAAAUUCCCCUGGCUGUUAGUGAUAACCCUUGACUCUACUUUAUUAUUUUUUUAUUAGAUCAAGGGCCCUUAAUGUAAAAAUCUAUCUAAUUUAUACCACAUACCAGUAUUAUUCUUGUUUAAUGUGGUUAAAUGUAAUUUGUAAAAUCUAUCUGGUCUGGGGCAUUUGGGGAUCUACCACUGGUUUUACCAGUAUUAUUCUUGUUUAUAUCAAUUUUCACCAGCUUUUUAUUAAACCCAACAUAUACAGUAAGUAAUACAUGUAUGUAUUAGCUAAUAAUAAUGAUGAUAAAAUAAAUUAUUAUAAUAAUCAUAAUCAUAAUAACUAGUAUAAUAAAAAAUUAUUAUAAAUUAUAAUGAUACACUUAACAAUAGUUAGUAAAAUGGUUUUUCUUAGGAAAUACAUUUGAGGAUGCACAUCUAUCCGAUAUAACUUCAGUAAAAGGACUCAGUACCUUUGCUUUAGGGGAAUUAUUUGUUUUGCCACAGACAUUCGGGUAAGUUGAACUGAGAUAUACUUACUGGUAGUUUGGGACUUAAUGUUAUGUUAUUAAUUUUGUAGUUUAACCAUUGUGAAAACUGAUGAAUGGUUAUGAACAACAAUCAUUAAUUUUAUAAGCUAGAUCUGUUCCCUUUCAAUACAUGUACAUUAUUUAAUCGACUAAUAUUGACAGCCAAUAUGGCUGCCAGCCAAUCAAAACAGAAAUUCUAAGUGACAAAAUUAAGAGCAUUGUACAAAAGGUAGUAAUAUUACACAGAACUUUAACUUUUUAAGAUUAUAAUAUUGGUGAUGUUAUUAAUUUUAUUAUUUUAUUAACUAUUUGUUUUUCUUCACAUCACAGAAAUAUUUUCCUUGGUGAAGUUUUUUCAAGUUAUGUUAGUGUCCACAAUGACAGUAACCAGCCAGUUAAAGAUAUUGUUAUUAAGGUCUGUAUAAAAUAAAUCUACAUUUACUUGUAACUACUAUGGAAGCUCUUGUAAGCAUUCAUCCACCAGACAUAAAAAAGGUAUUUGUUACUGGGCUGACCGCUGACAAGAAUGUAAAAAUACAAAGUUUGUAUAGGAGUUGACGGAAGUGGGGUCUUGUGAAGGUGGCCUUGCUGUCCACUUACGAGAGCUAGUGUUUGGCUUCCACUGUAAAUACUAUACGUAGAUCUUUUGUAAAUCAAUUUUCAAUUGCUACAACUAAUUCAUAAUAAAAUGUAGUAUGAAAUUAUAUGCUCUGUAAGACAUGCAGAGAAAAUCAUCUCGGGCACAAGCAAUGGCCAUGCUACAUUGUAUCUUUUAGGAAAAUAAGAAUUUAAUUACAGUCUCAAAUGCAGACUUAUACCAGUCUUUCUGUAGAAACUGAGAAAUUUGAACCUCUGUAAAGUUAAAUCAACUGCCUUGAGUUUGUCUCUUGACAUGUUUCAAUAAUGGAUAGUCUGGACUUUUGUGGAAGUAUAUAACAACAUAAUACCAAGUUCAAGGAGAUUGAUUUAGUCAUUACGCUACAAAUUUCUUUCAAAAUUUCAGACUGAUUUGCAAACAUCAUCUCAAAGAUUGACUCUGUCUGGUACAUCCAACAUGCCAGUUCCUAAACUUGAUCCAGAAGAGAGCUUUGAUCAGGUUAUUCACCAUGAAGUGAAAGAACUGGGAACACACAUGUGAGUUUUCAAAAAUAAAAGUCAUCCAUGAGCUUCAACCAGAUUUUUCCUGCAAUAAAGUGCCAGUUACCCAUUAUUCAUGCAUUGUUCUUUUGCUUCUUAGCCACAUUUAUGUCCUGGAAUUGGGUAAAGCAUGUAUAUUUCUUGAAAACACACAAUGUGCUGAUUUAGCAACAGAACGGGAAUGUCAGUUGACAACGGCACACGCAAACAAAACGACUGGCUUGACCAAUACCAGAGCAGCAAAUUGGGCAUCAGCAGUUGAGUUUAGUCCUUUCCGCUUGCUUUCCCCUUGGCUUUCUGUAGCUAAAUCAGCCAAAAUCAGCCUACUAUUGAAAGAAUAUUCAUACUCCCUGACCCCUCUCAAGAGAGUUGACAGACAAAAUACAAACAAACUUGUGUACAGUGCAUGUUCAUGUGUUCCAGAUCACAUUGAAAUUUAUAAAAGUGCUGGUUUCUACAUGAGGAGAGGUGAAAUCCUGUCAGAGAAAGGUAGCCUUAUUCUUCUGAGGUCCACCAAAUAUGGGCACAGCACUGAACUAAAGCUUGGCCACAUUAGCAAAGGGGAAAGUCCUCUCACCACUGAGCAUUCCUCCCCCGCCCCCUUCCCACCAAAAAAACAAUAACAAUUAAUGGCCACAAAUCCAUUCAGUGGUCCCACCAAUUGCCAAGUAGUGUGCCAGUCUACUGGCCAUGUGGAUUGAACAACAGAAAUGUUUGUUGCAACAAUUUUGUUUUACUUUUCCUUACAGACUUGUUUGUGCUGUGAGCUAUGCAACCAUAAAUGGCGAUAAAAUGUACUUUAGGAAAUUCUUUAAAUUUCAGGUGAUUAAUUUUGAAUUACAAAAAUUGCAACAACUUUUAAACUAUAAAUAAACUCUACAAGGUUCAUGCUUUUCUCAACUGAUUUUAACUCCACCAGGUCCUUAAACCUCUGGAUGUUAAAACAAAGUUUUAUAAUGCCAUGGUAAGCAUGAAACUCUUCUUUUGUUUGUGUUUUAGAUUGCUUUUCUCAUGCAAUCAUCUGUAUUCAUUAUUUUGAUACCAUGGUUAAUUAAACUCCUGAGGGUUUGUUUUUGUUUGGUGGAAGGAUGAUGAAGUAUUCCUUGAAGCACAAGUACAGAACAUAACUUCAAGUCCUAUGGUAAUGGAGUCAGUACAAUUGGAGCCCUCAGCCGUUUACACUGUUACAGACCUCAAUUUCAUCCCAGCUGACCAGAAAAAGGAUGUUAGUGGGUGAGAUAAAAGACAGUGUACAUUUAAUGACUUACAUUGUAACGUUUCUUUGGGAAAUUAUUGGAUCAUGCCUUUUUUUCUGGGGGGGGGUAUGAGAUAAGGGCUGUCAUUAGUUGCUAGCAGUUGGCUUUUUUAGCCAGCUACUGUAGCAGCAAAAUAAGCCGGCUACUCAAGUUUGAAAAUGUCAAACAUAGCAAUUAUAGGAAGAUUUGUGGGAUAAAUGACAAGCCACUUUUCCUGCAGGACCAGCCACUUAAAACCAUAACGACUGCCCUGAAAGUUAGGGGCAAUUUCUCUGGGAGACCUCACUUGUUGGCUUCACCCUCACUCCCGGGGAGGGGGGGGGGGUCCACCUUUGGUACUGUACACUAAACAUAACAGGAGUAACUGAAAGGACUCUGUGUUACAUUAACAGGGAUGAAGCUGUCGCAGAAAGUAUAUUUGGACGAGGAUCGUACAUGAACCCAAAUGACACAAGGCAGUAUCUGUACAAGCUGACACCAGUGCAACCCACGUACAAGAAUGUUAAGGUAUGAGAAUUGCCUCAUUAUCAAGCAUCAUUUUACAUAAGUUAUUCCUCCCUUUAAGGUUUCAGUCAGUGAUUUAUUUAUGACUCACUGGAGGGGUUAUAAAAGUCCUCUGUUAAAAAGAGGUGUACAAAAUAAUUCACUCCUUCCUCCAAUGAACGAAAACUUCACAGCCCACCCCUCGACUUCACUCAUACUUCAUUCAAAACUACAAGACUUCCAAAUAACUGAUAUGCCCUAACCACCUCCUCCCCUCCCCUACCCCCCAACCUAAACACAGAUGUUUCCCCUAAAUGAGCUGGUGGCAUGUGGCACUUUUUUUUCUUUAUAACUAGGUUGCAAAUGUUGUAGGGAAGUUGGACAUUGUAUGGAGAACAGCAUUUGGGGAAAGGGGAAGACUUCAAACCAGCCAAUUACAGAGAGUUGUGAGUACAUUAUCAAAAGAAUUAAAUGCUCUUAACAUUCUCCAUUGUAGACCCUAAAAGAUAAACAAUAAACUCCUUACAGUGUCAAGAAAUACCAUGUAGUUAAAGACGGGGAAGACGAUUUGCAAAAGCAUUGAACAGAGCAUUUUCACAUGAUGUCACGACAGCCAUAUUGGUGUGCCAAACCAAUCCUGUUGGAGUUGGACUCUUUUCUUAAUUAAAGGCUUUCUUUUGUUCCAAUUUGAUAUUGGCUCUUUCUAUCAUUGCAAAGUCAUAGAAGAAGGUGGUGAAGAAGAUUGGAGGAUAAAUGAGAUAAAUUUGAUAUUGGCUCUUCCUAUCAUUGCAAAGCGAUAGGGGAAGGUGGUGAGACAAGACAAACAAAGAAAUUACAAUUUAAAAAUGAUGCCUUUUGUUUGAAAAUAAAUAAUAAAUCUCCAAAAUGGCGGCUUUGUAUAAACUGCAAAGAAUUGAGAAGUUACCAAGUGAUUAGAAGCUGAAAGAUGAGCAGUGGGAUCAUAAUUCCAUACAGUUUAACAGAUAAUGCGGCAAUUAAAGACCUUUUCCUUGUUCCUUCAACAAAGGAACAUUCUCAUUGUCACCAUGUUUUUUCUUUACACCUAAAAGGUGCGUAAGGUUAUUCCCAGGACUUAGAAGCUUCAAAAUUGCCCAUAAGUUAUCCUUGUCAUUUUGUGGCAGCUAUGUUUACCAAAUGAAGCCAAACAUCUUCCCACAUACAUGCAGUGAUAAAUAGUAACAGUUCAUUUUGUGGAGGCAAUAAUCAUUAUUAACAGAAUAUCAUUUUAAACUUUUUUCAGCCUCCUCCCGUGUUAGACAUCAAAAUGAGCAUUGUUCAAAUCCCAGAUGCCGUUUUAGUGGAAAACAGGUUCCCACUGAAAAUAAAACUCAGAAACACUUGGUAAGUAGUGUUUUUGGCAGAAGUUGACCCUUUAAGCCCUAAUAAUUAUCAAAGUUAAAUUCCCUUUGUUGCAACUUUACUAUACAAAUAGUGGAGAGACGUUGUCAAAGUUAUCAAUAAUAUUCAUCUUUGGUCAAGUCCUUAAUUUUGAGUGAUGUUCAUCGCUCUUGGGUCUAAUAGAUUUAAGAUUAAACAGGAAAACCACUUCAUUAUGAUCAAAAGAGUUUUUACAGUGUACCUGAAUAUAUCAGGACUGGCUUACUUGGUCUAAAAGUAAAGAAGACAUAGAAAUUGUACCACUGGGUACAUAAUAUUCACGAUUUGUGAAUUCUUGUUUUUAUCAGUGACAGAAAGAUGGAAUUGAAACUGUUUAUGACCAAAAGUAAAGACGGUGGACUGAUGUGGUGUGGUACAUCUGGAAAGGUAUGUCUUGGAUAUUCUGAAACUUUGAAACACUUUGUUUAAUUGUAUGGUAUUGUAAUAAACAGCUUUACAAGAAAUUACUCUUUGGUAGUUUUUUCUUUUUCUAUUCAUACAUCACCAAAAUGCCUGCCAUCAGAAAACCCCUUAUGGCAACAAAGGUGAGGUAGGAUUUCAACUGAAACAAGAUUUUGACGUGUAACAUUUUCUAAAUCAGUUUUCUGUUGGUAUUGUUGUAGAAUCUGGGUCCUCUUCUUCCAGGAAAUUCAGUGGAAUUACAUUUCAAUCUUCUCCCUCUUGCUGCUGGAAUGCAGGUAUAUGAUUUAUAGUCUCAAUGCAAUUCUGAUUAAGAUUGAAAUUUUGAGUUCUCUAACAGUCCUGUACUUUUGCAUUGUUUCAUUAGUUCAAGGACAGUGUCAUGUUGAUUUACUUCUUUUAUUUACAGUAGUAAUCAUCUUUCCCAUAUGUGUACUCAACUGGUUUUGGAUGAAAUCACGUAACUGCCAUAUGGUCAGCUCACAGAUUGUUUCACAUCCAUCUAGUUGUCUCUGUUAAGAACAAAAACAGCUGACAGUGCUACACCCUGUCUCUUUUACGUUUUUUACUCUUUGCGGACAAAAAAGAACAGAUGGGGAAGUUACAAUUUCUGGCAAUGACAACGUCUGGUGUCAUAUCUCUGUGUCAUACAGAUUAGUUCCCUACUGUCCCUGUAAUUUCCCACUUGUGUCCCUGCUUCAGGGUUGUCAUUAAGAGCCGGGAGCAGGGGAUUUUCCCCAGCUACUAAGAGAGUGGCCCCCAGCUACUUUUAUUGGAAAAUAGAAGAAAAAUAGAACCACAAGAAAUGCCUAGCCGUUUGAUUCCCUGCCUACUUGUUGUAUUUACCCGGCAACUUGAAAUCUUAGUGACAACCCUGCUGCUUUAGGCUUCUUGUGUCGCACUAGUGUCCAUUUAGUUUACCUUUUGUGCCCCUGUAGUUCACCUCUUGGGCCCUGUGGUGUUCCUCUAGUAUGACUCAUGAAUGUUCCUCCAGUUUCCUUCUUGUACCCCUGUAUUUCACCUCUUUUGCCCUGUGGUGUUCCUCUAGUAUGACUCAGGAAUGUUGCUCCAGUUUCGGUCUUGUACCCCUGUAUUUCACCUCUUUUGCCCCUUUAGUGUUCUUAUUGUGUCCCUUUAGUUUCCUUUUUGUCCCCGUCUAGUGUACCCCGUGUACCCUGUGGUGUCCCUCUUGUGCACCUUGUGUCCUUCUAGAGUCCCUUUUGUGUCCCUCCCAAGUCCUUGAAUUGUCCCGGCCUCUAAUCUCCUUCUUCUUAGUCAAGUAGUCCCUUAUAUCCCACAGAGGAAGGAAAAUAAAUACCAACAACUGAUCAAUGUGAUACAACUCACUUUGAUUCUGAAGAUGACUACCCCACAGGUUGUCGAAAUGUCCGUCACUGUCAACAACAAUCCUUUUCGAGAGUACACUUACCCGGACAAUUACAUUCCAGGUACUAAUGAAGUGUUUUUCUUUGGUUGUUUUCAGAGUGUUGGAGGCUUGCAAAUCGUAGACACAAUUUCUUCACGGACUUACGAAUUGGAUAACUUGGCACAAGUUUUUGUUUACUCAUCAGAACUUUCACCAUUCAUUCAUCAAUCCAAGAGAUGAUCAAUGUGGCUCAAUUAAAAUAAACAGAGACUUUAUAAAGAAUCGAUUUGAAGCCAUAACUAUGGUAAAUAUGGAAACUUCUGCGACACAAGACAAAGAAACUCCUCAAAGAAGAAAAGAGAUAUUAAUGACAAAGAAAACAGAUGUCAGUGGGUGUCUAAUAACGUUCUGACCACUUACACGACUGUGCUUUAGCUGUGCCCAGUGCCCCACGGUCCCCAACUUUUGCUGUCAGAGGACUAGAAAAUCUGAGUUUCUUCAUACAAACAAUAAUUAUGCUGAGCACCAAGUUUUCCACGGUCAGAACUCUGAGCUGCUUUCAGAUUUCCUUAGAGCAUAGCCUUUCAAGACUUAUUAACAUCAUCAUCAUCAUCAUCAUCAUCAUCACAUAGUUCUCUCUUGAUGGUAAACAGGACAAAAAAUGUAAAAAUCAAUGGGUAUACCCC